AAAUGAUGAAACUGUUUUUAUUUUUGGCUGAGCUGAACUAUCCCUUUAAAUCGUAAAUCUUAAUCGUUUGAACGCAGAUAAACGUGUUGCAAAGGCGACGUAGAAAUGAUAAAUGUUCAAAACAAACUCCCCAAAUAGUCAAAGUGUCAUCGUGUUCAAUCGUCAGUUAAACGCUGGAGUUAACCCGAGACGAUGGCACCGGUACAAGGAGCGCACAAAGCGAAUCCAGUCCGUCUUUUUUCUUGCACGCUGCAGAGUUUCCUCGUCGCUCCGUGUUUUGGCCCCGAUCCGUGCUCCAAGUUAAGCUGUAGUUUCCAUGGCUGACCAUGGUUUGGUGCUGUUGGCUCUCUCUGUCUGCUCAACCCAGGCUGUGCGGAGCUCCCUGCGGGAUCAGAGCGCUCCCCCGCCGGGACCCUACUCUCACAUCCUCCUGCUGGGACACGGCUACAUUUCCAGCCAAGCCUGGCUUUAUUAUGUGUGUCUGCGCUGCAGCCCCGCCAGCAGUCGGAUCGGGAGGCGGAGGGAAGACCAGAGUCAGGACAAAGAAAAAGGGAGAGAGAGGCUAGCGACUAGAAAUAUUUACGGCUUUUAGAACGAUAAACAAGAAGAAGAAAAAUCCCCUCAGGUAAAAAUGCUGCGUAAAAUGCCAUUGAGAGUGGCACCUUCGGAAAAAUAACAGCGAAGGAGGACGGCUCGGCGGGAUCACAACGAAAAGAGACAGUUGCGACAACUGCAGAAAGGAGGAAAAACAUUGCGAAUCAAUUCCGAAACACAAGCGAAGUGGCUUUUGCACGUUAUCGGCAAGUAUUGGCACCUCUCGCCACUGAUCAGGUGUAAUUUGGGCACGCUCCGCUUCUUCAAACUCUGAGCGCGCGUGCCCGCUCCGCCGUUACGGAGGAACAAAAGAGCGUUCGCUUCUCGAGCACGGGAAAAGCCGCAAGUUAUUAGUCAAAUCUACAGGUUGGAGAAGUUCAAUCAUUGGAAUAUCAAUUUCCAUUGCCGUACUCUCUCUUCCUUUGAACGCUUCUGGACUAGCGAGACCGAAGUUGCCGCAUUGCAACAGGCAAAGUGAAGAAAUCUCCCAAGUCUCAGCGCGUGACCUGUCAAUAUUUCUCGGAGAGGACAAGAUACCCGUUAAAGAAAGUAAAAUAUUGUUGUUACCACGGAGAUGUCUAGACGCAAGCAGGCCAAACCGCGCUCCGUUAAAGCGGUGGAGGAGGCCGAAUCUACAGAGUGCGCCAGUGGUUGGGACUCCUCUGUUCAGACAGAUGCAGCCGUAUCAGAGCGAGACUCCGAUAGAAAGGAGAACCGGGCGGCGGGUGAGGACGGAGAACAGAGUGUGACCAGUCAUGACGAGAGGGUGGGAGAGGAGGAUUUAGAUGACGACUCCAUCUUCACCUGUGACAACUGCCAACAGGACUUUGAGUGCCUGGCAGACCUGACAGAGCACCGUACCAACCACUGCCCAGCAGAUGGUGAUGAUGACCCGGGGCUCUCCUGGGUGGCGUCCUCUCCCUCUAGCAAAGACGUGGCAUCGCCGUCACAGAUGCUAGGGGAUGGCUGCUGCGAUAUGGGCAUGGGCACAGGGGAGGAAGAAGGGGGCUCUGGCCUUCCUUAUCCCUGCCAGUUCUGCGACAAGUCCUUCAGUCGCCUCAGCUACCUGAAGCGUCACGAGCAGAUCCACAGUGACAAGCUGCCCUUCAAAUGCACCUUCUGCAGUCGUUUGUUCAAACACAAGCGCAGCCGUGAUCGUCACGUCAAGCUGCACACCGGUGACAAGAAGUACAGUUGCCAGGAGUGCGAGGCAGCAUUUUCUCGCAGCGAUCAUCUCAAGAUCCACCUUAAGACACACAGUUCUAGCAAACCAUUCAAGUGCAGCAUUUGCAAGCGUGGCUUCUCUUCCACCUCCUCUCUCCAGAGCCACAUGCAAGCUCAUCGGAAGAACAAGGAACACCUGGCAAAGAAAGACCAGGGUAAGCGAGAUGGAUCUAGCAGUGAUGUAGCUGACCAGGACCAGGACCUAUACAUGUGCGAUUACUGCGAGGAGACGUUCAGUCAGACAGAUGAACUUGAGAAACACGUGCUAACACAGCAUCCCCAGCUCUCAGACCGCGCAGAGCUUCAAUGCAUCCACUGCCCUGAAAUCUUCAGCGAUGAAGGCUCUCUUCUCACCCAUAUUGACAGAAUGCAUGCCAACAAGAAACACAAGUGCCCCAUGUGCGCUGAGCAGUUCCCAUCUGUAGAGGAGGUCUAUUGUCAUCUUGACAGCCACCGGCAGCCAGAUUCCAGCAACCACAGUGCCAGUCCUGAUCCAGUCUUGGGAAGCGUGGCAUCAAUGAGCAGCGCUACCCCUGAUUCCAGUGCCUCCCUGGAGAGAGGAUCAACCCCAGACUCCACCCUUAAGCCUGGUCAGAGCAGACGAAAGCUAGCACCUUCUUCUGAUCAUGACGAUGGAAGCUGGUCAGGCAAAGUGACCUAUAGUUGUCCAUAUUGCUCCAAGAGAGAUUUCAACAGUCUGGCUGUCCUGGAGAUUCAUCUGAAGACUAUCCAUGCAGACAAACCUCAGCAGAGCCACACUUGCCAGUUAUGUCUGGAAACCCUGCCUACUCUCUAUAACCUUAAUGAGCAUGUGCGCAAAGCACAUAGAUCCAGUGGGAGCUCUGCAUCAAACUUUCCCCUUCUGCAGUUCAGUAACGUUUCGGCCUUUCAUUGCAACUACUGUCCUGACAUGUUCGCAGACAUCAACAGCCUGCAAGAGCACAUUCGUGUUUCUCACUGCUUAUCUGGUGGUGGUGUUGUUGCUGGAUCCACCACUUUGGAGGGCAACCAUGCUUUCUUCUGCAACCAGUGCUCCAUGGGUUUCCUUACAGAGUCCUCACUCACUGAGCACAUCCAGCAGACCCAUUGCAGUAGUGGGGGAGGUGUGACCAAGAUGGAGUCCCCAGUCUUGCAGCCCUCGCAGUCCUUCAUGGAAGUGUAUUCUUGCCCUUACUGCACCAACUCUCCCAUCUUCGGCUCCCUCCUCAAACUCACCAAACACAUUAAAGAGAAUCACAAGAACAUCCCACUCGCCAACAACAAGCGCAAAGUCAAAGUGGCAGACUUGAGCCCAGCCUCAUCUGACGUGGAGAUAUCCUCACCCAAACGCCAUAGGGUGACUGGUGACAGCACUCCAGCAGUUGCUAAUGGAGACUAUCCCUGCAAUCAGUGUGACCUUCGAUUCACCAGCUUUGAGGGCUUCCAAGCCCAUCUCAAGUCCCACCUAGAACUGUUACUGAGGAGGCAGUCUUGCCCACAGUGCAACAAAGAGGACUUUGAUUCUCAAGAGGCACUGCUUCAGCACUUGACGAUUCACUAUACCACCACUUCCACCCAGUAUGUCUGUGAGAGCUGUGACAAACAGUUCUCUUCUGUAGACGAUCUGCAAAAGCACUUGCUAGACAUGCAUACAUUUGUGCUGUACCACUGCACACUGUGUCAGGAGGUCUUUGAUUCAAAGGUGUCUAUACAAGUCCACCUGGCUGUCAAGCACAGCAAUGAGAAGAAAAUGUAUCGCUGUACGGCCUGUGCUUGGGACUUCCGCAAAGAAAGUGACCUGCAGUUACAUGUGAAGCACAGUCAUUUGGGUCACCCUACCAGUACCGGGGCAACCGGAAAAGCACGCAAAUGCAUAUUCUGUGGGGAGACCUUUGGCACAGAAGUAGAGCUCCAGUGUCACAUCACUACUCACAGUAAAAAGUAUAACUGCAGACUCUGUGGGAAGGCCUUCCAUGCCAUUGUCCUUUUGGAAAGACAUCUCAGAGAGAAGCACUGCAUUUUUGAUGGAGGAAAUGGCAAUGGAAAUGGAGGAAGCCAAAAUGGAACACCCAAUGGGGUAACUCAAAGCUCUAAGCGUUCCACAGCAGGAUCGACUGUAGCUGCUGAGCAAGCAGAUUUGCAGAACAUGCUAUUAAAAGGCGGAAAUCAGGAAACAGCGAACAGCCAUGAAGCUAGCGGUGGUGAAGAGGAGCUUGAUGCCUCAGAGCCAAUGUAUGCCUGUGACAUCUGUGGUGCGGCCUACACCAUGGAGUCUCUGCUUCAAAACCACCGCCUUCGAGACCACAAUAUCAGGCCUGGUGAGGACGAUGCAGGCUCAAGAAAAAAGAAGGCAGACUUCAUCAAGGGUAACCACAAGUGCAAUGUUUGCUCACGGACCUUCUUUUCUGAGAACGGCUUGAGGGAACAUGCUCAGACGCACCGUGGCCCAGCAAAACACUACAUGUGUCCCAUCUGUGGCGAACGCUUUCCUUCACUGCUUACUCUCACUGAGCACAAGGUCACCCACAGCAAGAGCCUGGACACAGGCAACUGCCGUAUCUGUAAGAUGCCCCUGCAGAGUGAGGAAGAGUUCAUUGAGCACUGCCAGAUGCACCCUGACCUGAGGAACUCCCUCACAGGCUUCCGCUGUGUAGUUUGCAUGCAAACUGUCACUUCAACGCUCGAACUGAAGAUUCAUGGAACCUUUCACAUGCAGAAGAUCUCGUCUUCUGGGGUCAGUGGCGGUGGAGGAGGAUCAGCCUCGUCAUCUCCCAAUGGCCAGCUGCAGGCCCACAAACUCUAUAAAUGUGCCCUGUGUCUCAAAGACUUCAAGAAUAAGCAAGAACUGGUCAAGAUAGAUGUGAACGGCCUGCCUUAUGGUCUUUGUGCUGGCUGCAUGAGUCGGGGUACAAACGGCCAGUCCCCAACUGUUGUUGUCACCCCACAAGAGGCUGGGGAGAAGGGCACCACUGGACUGCGCUGCCCAGAGUGUGCUGUUAAAUUUGAGACCCUGGAAGACCUGGAAAACCACGUUCAGGUGGACCAUCCUGAGAUGAGCCCUGAGACCAGUGGAGUUAAGAAAGUUACUGAUGCUUCACCUGUCCCUAAAAAGAAGACAUAUCAGUGCAUCAAAUGCCAAAUGACCUUUGAGACAGAACGAGAGAUCCAGAUCCAUGUUGCCAAUCAUAUGAUCGGAGAGCCUGCCCAGCUGCAAGAGGAAGGCAUCAAUCAUGAGUGCAAGCUGUGUAACCAGAUGUUUGACUCUCCGGCCAAGCUCCUGUGUCACCUGAUCGAGCACAGCUUCGAGGGCAUGGGAGGCACCUUCAAGUGUCCCGUCUGCUUUACAGUGUUUGUUCAGGCCAAUAAGCUGCAGCAGCACAUCUUUGCCGUCCACGGACAAGAGGACAAGAUAUACGACUGCUCCCAGUGUCCGCAGAAGUUCUUCUUCCAAACUGAGCUCCAGAACCACACACUGAGCCAGCACGCACAGUGAGACCGGGCCCCGCAGGACUCCCGGUUCAGCCUAGAACCCCGACCCAGGCCCGGUGGGGGAGGAACAUUUCAACAUCACAGCCAAUCAAAGUGUCAUUUGCUACUCACAUGUAAAACUCUAACGAUUCCGCCACCAGGCGCAGCUAUUACGAACGGUGGGGAAUGAAUAUUAAUGGGAUAUGCUAUUAAAAAAGAAAAGGAGAGAAAAAAAGGAGAUGGAGAGAAAAAGGUAUUCUACGUGCAGUAUUUUUUAUCGUCCCUUCUUCCUCGUUGAGUGUUCCUUAUUUUCUCCCCGUUUUCUUUUUGCUUUUCUUGAUUUUUUUGGGGGACAAAAGAUGAAAAAAAAAAAAACGGAAGGAAAGACACCCUCUGCCUGAUUUUAAUCUCUAGAAAUACACAUCUUGUCCUCGGUUGCUUCAUGUAUCAAACUUCAUACGUGCCAAUUUUGUUCUUUUCAAUGCAUAUAUUCUCAGCCCUUUUUUAUUUGUUGAUUGAUUUGUACCAUUUAUUUCUUGCAGUAAAUAGGUACUUGUGCUGUGCUGUGAUUGCUUGCCAGUCGUAAUAUUUUUCCUUUCUAUUAUUAUUGUUAUAUAUUUUCUUUUUUCUAAUUACAGUAAAAAAGACAAAAAAACAUAUAAAGAAAAAAAAAAGAAAAAACAUAAUGGUUUUGAUUGGAUUUUCCAGUACAUGGGCCUUAUGGAUGUUGUAAAAAUGAAUAUCAUUGAUUUCAGUGCAACUGGAUGAUGUCUGCUUUUUAAAUGUGAAUUAACCAGAUUGCAAUAAACUAGUACAGUUGAAAAUAAACAAAUAAAUAAAUCAUGAAUAAAGGGAA